GCUUAUAAAGAUCACUUGGCCACUCUUCCAGAUGAGGAUCCAAGCAAACUUGACGAGACCAUUGCCUUGCUAAAGCAUACAAGCCUAAUGAUAGAAUUAUUUUCUGAUAAGCAUGCCAUUUAUGCUGUUGAUGAUAGCCGAUUACAAUCACUGCAGGCCGCACUUCUGUUCUUUUCGACGUGGAAAGAAGAAACAACUAAAGGAGAUGAAUUCGUAUCCCAGAAGUUAUGGUUUGACAUCCAGUCAAUGAUUCACGGAUUCAUUUCCUUGGUUCAGACAAAGUUGAGACGGUUCCCCGGAUCAAUUGUCAAACCAGCGAUCAUAAAUCAGGACUGUGUAGAGAAUCAUUUUUCUCAGCUGAGAGGGGCAAAUGGGCAGAAUGACAACCCAACAUACCAAACGACACAAGGAACGCAGAACUCCAUAAUAUUUGGACAGACAACUGUCAGCAGAAAGGGUAAUACGGGCACCGCAAAAAGUCAUUCUUUUGCUGGGCUCCCUAAGGAAAACCUGUUUGGCAAAAAGACACGUCUGCAGAUAUCUAAACCUGCAAUGGGGUUGCUCAUAGAGCAGUGA